GAUGGCCACUGACGCAUGCGCACUGGUGGUGCUGGUGGUGGCUGCGUGACCGGAAGAGGCGGGCAUAGGGCCUGCCUGGCAAGGCCCCCCUCCCGCUUGUCAUUGGCAGCCGAGGUGAAGGCGCCGGGAGGGACGGCGACGAUGUCUUGCUGCGGGAGCGGCCCGGUCGCCGCCAGAGGCCUCGGCCGCCUUCUGCUCCUGCAGAAAAAUGGGGUACGGCAUUGUUCCUAUUCAGCCUCACGGAAGAAUCUUUACAUCACUAAAGACACAAAGGUCAUUUGUCAGGGCUUUACUGGCAAACAGGGUACCUUUCACAGUCAACAGGCGUUGGAAUAUGGCACCAAUCUAGUAGGAGGGAUUUCUCCAGGCAAAGGGGGCAAAACUCACUUGGGGCUUCCAGUCUUUAACUCUGUGAAGGAGGCUAAAGAAAAAACAGGUGCUUCCGCCUCUGCGAUAUAUGUUCCACCUCCGUUCGCUGCUGCCGCAAUCAAUGAAGCCAUUGAUGCAGAAAUCUCCCUUAUUGUGUGCAUUACAGAAGGUAUUCCUCAGCAGGACAUGGUGCGCGUGAAACACAGAUUGCUUCGUCAGAACAAGACUCGCCUUGUUGGCCCAAAUUGUCCAGGAGUUAUCAAUCCUGGAGAAUGUAAAAUUGGUAUCAUGCCUGGUCAUAUUCACAAGAAAGGAAGAGUUGGUAUUGUAUCAAGAUCUGGCACUCUGACAUACGAAGCAGUUCAUCAGACCACUCAAGUUGGACUGGGACAAUCCUUUUGUGUUGGAAUCGGAGGAGACCCAUUCAAUGGAACCAAUUUUAUUGACUGUCUGGAUGUCUUCCUGAAAGAUCCGAACACCGACGGGAUUAUACUGAUAGGCGAGAUCGGUGGAAAUGCUGAAGAAGAUGCUGCGGACUUCCUUAGGAAAAACAAUUCUGGUCCGGACUCCAAGCCAGUUGUGUCGUUUAUAGCUGGAGUCACCGCUCCUCCAGGCAGGAGGAUGGGCCAUGCGGGGGCUAUCAUCGCUGGUGGGAAAGGUGGAGCGAAAGAGAAAAUCACUGCCCUACAGAACGCUGGUGUCGUUGUCAGCAUGUCUCCUGCUCAGCUAGGCUCUGCUAUAUACAAGGAGUUUGAGAAGAGGAAAAUGCUGUAAGAGGAGGAGCAUCCGUCCAAACGUGCCACUACAGAAAUCCCGCCUCCCUCCACGCUCUGUACUUCUCACCUGCUAAUUUUAUUUGCCUGAAUACAAUUGACAUCAGUCUUCUGAAUUCAGCUUAAAAAAAGCCACAAGGCUUUGUUUCAGUGGCUCCUUUGUCCAGACAUGAUUGUACAUCAUAGCAAAUGAAUAAAUCUACCACUAAACUUGAUUAUUUGAAA